GACAUUAUAUAGCGAGUAUUGAGUCACUAUACAGCGAGUAUUGUGUCACAGUACAGCGAGUAUUGAGUCAAUAUACAGUGAGUGUUGUUUGAUUAUUGAACACAAAGCGAUGUGGACGUCACAUCUGUAGAGGGCAGCACCUCACCAAGUGGGCCGUCUCACGAUGCAAGCGCCGUUACAAGCUCAUAGAGUUCUCGCCCUUACUGCUUACACUUUGGUGUUCUUUCUACUCAACUGUGACGCAUCACUCACUCAUCGCCGCGUAGUAAACACGCGCAUUGAUUUUCAGAAAGAUAACUCGCAACAGGCAAACCACCAUAAAAUAUUCCCUUAUCUUCAAGAAGGAAUUUCUGAUAAGUCCAAAGGGCAAUAUAUAGUACGACAAGGAGUGGAUAUUUGGAGCCGAUUGAUCAAAGAGAUAAGAUUUGAUGCAUCACGUGACCGGGGGGCUAGAACAAGAUGGCGUAGAGAUCUGAUUUCUAGCUUCUGUAACACGGAGCAGUGCAAGGACGCUCUGGAGGCGUUUCUAAAGUGGAAGGCGCAGAAUGGAUAUGGCGAUCCAUCGGAUAGAUGGGGAUAGGGGGAUGAGUGGAUAAGUAGCUUUAUCAGAUGGGGGAUGAGUGGAUUUGUAGCUUUAUCAGAAAAAGGAUGAGUGGAUAUGUAGCUUUAUCAGAUGGGGGAUGAGUGGAUUUGUAUAUAUGGGAUAAGUGGGGGAUAUAGGGAUAAGAGAAUAUUGAUCUGUAAGAUAAGUGGGGGUUAAGUAGAUAAACUGAUUUAUUGAUGGGUGGACUGGAAAAAUAAUAUUUUCUCCAACGGAUAAAAGGCAGAUAGAAGACAACCCAAGAACGACUACUUUCUGUUAUCUGUUGAAAAGAAGACGUGUUACCAUUUGAGAUAUGAAAAGAAGACGUGUUACCAUUUGAGAUAUGAAAAGAAGACGUGUUACCAUUUGAGAUAUGAAAAGAAGACGUGUUACCAUUUGAGAUAUGAAAAGAAGACGUGUUACCAUUU